AUGGAAGUAAAAGGCGACCCUAAUAACUCAUCAAUCAAGAAACCGCAGGAUACGAUUCUAGCGCGGGCUCUCUAUGAUAAUAAUCCAGAAUAUUCGCAGGAACUCGGUUUUGUUAAAGGGGAUGUGCUCACGGUACUGAAGAAAGACCCUGAAGGAUACGAAGGUUGGUGGAUAUGCAGCCUUCGCGGAAAAGUGGGUAUUGCUCCAGGAAACCGUUUGGAAAUUCUGGGAACUAUAACCCCAAAGCACACAACGCCGGAGGCCGAACCGUAUGACCAGAUUCCGACUCCAACCACCAACGACUCCUCCAACACGGAAAGGAGUGAACAUUCAGUCUCACGGUCUCCCAAUCCCUGUUAUGAGAACAUAUCACCCUCGCAGUCAACUCGCAAUGGCUUUCUGCCGCCAUCAUCAUCUCAGGAUCGAGGAUCUCACUCACCGUCCGUGCCAACUUCUCUCGAUGGAAGCGCAGACCCGGAAUUUAUUGAACCGACAAGCUUGCGGGUGGAUUCAGCCCUAAACAACCUGGAACAGCUCACCCUCGCUGACCCUUCCAAAAAUCAUCAGUCUCCAAGCCCUCAGGUAUUUUGA